UGUUGCCACAGGGGAGCUACAUCAGCAGAGGGAAGGAAAGCCGCAGUCAUUUUCAGCCUUGAACUUCCUGCCUCCCCCUCUGAAUUUUUUGUGGGUGGAUUGGUCUGAGAUGGAGGGGAGAGGUAGGAGGGGGUUUAGAAGAGGAGAGCAUUUUGGAAACCAGCUGAUCAGAGCUGUGGUAUUCAGCCACAGAGACAGAGGGAGAUUGAGAGUGACUGGAAAAAAAAGAGAAAAUAGACAGAGCAGCUGAAGAUAUUUGGAUCUUAUGAUUGAAAGUGGACCAAAAAGAGAGUUUAAAGCGGUAUAUCUGCUCCCUUUGAUGGGAACUGGGAGUUAAUGUGAAGAGAGAAGAGUGGAGAAGAUGUGAGUGAAGAAAUCUGAAGAAGAAAAGGAUCAGCCCAACUGUGGGGAGCACAACAGAGAUUCUACACAGAGUAGAGGAACCCUGAAGAGCAAGGAGGGAUGUCUUGGCUGUCACCUGUGUCCUGGGCCAAAUGGACAUGGACAGCAGUGAGAGGGGGAGAGGGAGAGGAGGGCGAAGAGGGGCAGGAGGCAAGUGAGGAGAGGGAUCAACAUGGAGAAAGAAGAGAGGAGGAGGAGGAGAGAUCUCAAGACUGCAGCUCUGACUCAGACGGUCAUUUUGACACUCCUGAAGCAGCAACUCCGGUCCACGCCCCUCCACCCAUCCCAGGAGAGCUGGAGAACAACAACUCAGAUGUAGACAAAACAGUGGUGGAGCCUGAGGAGCACCUGAUAGUAACUGUUCCUGCUGGGGAUCCGGAUAUUUUUCUCAGACACGACAUGGGCCAGGAUGAGCCUGUGGCCCCCAUGGGUGGCCCACUGGAAAUUAAUAUUAAGACAGUUGAUGCAGAGCAAACAGAGGUUGUCUCAGAAGUGUCUGCACCUGUACCUGUGUCUACUCCUUCACUAACACCAGCUCCUGAAAUAGCAAAAAGCACAGCUCCAUCCUCUGAGCUUUCCCAAGGCUCAUGCCCUGUCCUGGUGGAAGAUCCUGUACCUGAUCUAGCUCCAGCUGCAGCUCCAGCCCCAGAACUGGACUCAACACAAAGCAGUGAAUGUGCAGCUGGUCCAGCUCCAGAUCACCCUGCAGAGAAACCUCUUGCUGACUCAGAACUGCAGUGCAAUGGACUCCCAAGUGAAAAAGAAAUGCCUAAAAAGACUAAAACCAGCAAGUCAAAGACUCCACCUAUCAACAUUAAGACAUCAUUUAAAGAGGACCCACAAGUAGAUGAGGCGCAAGAAAUUCCUGUUCCUAAAGCCAGCUAUAACUUUGACCUCGACAGUCUGGAUGACAGUUUUAACCCCUUCACCAGUGGAGGAUCUAAAAUACAGAACUCUCCCCCUCCAUGUGGAACAAGCUCCCUCCCGAGACUUGAACCACUUGGCAGCUCAUUGCCGGUCUGUGAUGCCGGUUCAGCAGCUCCAGCAGAGGUAGAGACAAAUGAGUUAUCAGAAGCAAAACCUGUGGUUUUGGAGUUUGGUCUGGACAAUGGGGCACUUAGCAAACCACCUCCGAGGAAAUUAGGAGGCAAAAAGACAAUCAGCAAAGGUGCAGCUAAGAAACAGAAGCCCAAAGUGUCAGAGGUGUCCAGCAAACCUGCACCAGAACCCACAGUGGCCUCAGAUUCUCAACCACUAUCAGAACCAGUUCCAGAAACUACUUUGCCAGUUUCAGACUCGACUGCAUCACUGAACUUGGAUGAUGUUCCUAUUCCUAAAACAGGAGCAAAUAACUUUGAUCCAAGUCAGUGGGAUGACCCAAAUUUUAAUCCGUUUGGUAGCAACAGUAAGAUGAACAACUCCCCAGUGCUCCCUAAGGGUUCCUACAGUUUUGACCCAGAUAAUUUUGAUGAUUCUGUCGACCCUUUUAAACCAUCCAAAACCCUGGGUGCAGAGGACUCAUCCAGCAGUGGGCCUCAGCCUGACAAAAAAGUAAAAGAUGGAGGUAAACCGAAAGCAGGGCCUCCAUCUGGGGAGAAGAAAGUGAGGCAAAUUCCCAAGAAAAGCAAAGAGAGGACAAUCACGACAUCAGAACAAGUCAAGUUUCUCUGUUUUCUGUUGAAUUCCUGUAAAGUACAAAAGUACGACGAGAGCCAGUCGCUGGUUCUUGACGUGUGCAAUCAGGUGGAGGAUGAAGUGGUGGUCCAGACCCCAGAGAUCACUCAGCGAGUUCAUCAUGCCACAGAUGAGGAGAAACUGGCCUCCACUGGCAUCAUGGGCCCGACAACGGAGAGCCAGGAGGAGCGAGGAGAGUCCGAAUGCAAAAAGGCAUCUGGGAAUAAACAGCCAGUUGAAGACAUAUCUGUUAUGGACGGUCCUGAAACCAAGAUUGUUCCACACCUGGAGGAGAAAGACAGCUGUAAUCUCAAAGAUGACAUAUGUGAGAUAUCAAUGAACCAAACAAUGAAGGUGCUCAGCAGUGACGUCCCCGACCCGGCUGCCCUGUCCCAGGACACCACACCCCUCACUGAGAUGGACAAGGCUGCAGUGCUCACUCUGAUCAGAGAAGAGAUCAUCACUAAAGAGAUCGAGGUCAAUGAGUGGAAGAGGAAGUUUGAGGAAAGCAGAGCAGAGGUUAUGGAGAUGAGGAAAAUAGUUGCUGAAUAUGAGAAAACAGUUGCCCAGAUGAUUGAGGAUGAGCAGCAGCAGAAGACACUGUCCUGUAGUAAGAGCGUCAGACAGUUGACCUUAGAGCGGGAUCAGGCCAUCGCUGACCUCAACUCAGUGGAGCGCUCCUUCGCUGACCUUUUCAGGAGGUACGAGAACAUGAAGGGGGUCCUCGAAGGCUUCAAGAAGAAUGAGGACGUGCUGAAGAAGUGUGCACAGGAUUACCUGAUGAGGAUCAAGCAGGAGGAGCAGAGGUAUCAAACCCUCAAAAUCCAUGCUGAGGAGAAACUGGACAAGGCUAAUGAGGAGAUCGCACAGGUUCGGGCCAAAGCCAACGCUGAGAGCGUCGCACUCAGCGCCAGCCUCAGGAAGGAGCAGAUGAAGGUGGAGUCACUUGAAAGAGCCGUCCUCCAAAAGAACCAAGAGAUUGAGGAGCUCACCAAGAUCUGUGAUGAACUCAUCGCCAAACUGGGAACAGAUUAAAACAUUUGAAUUCAACUCGUCAUCACACUUUGGCAGGUUUUCCUCUCUUUAGUUCAUGUGCCAAACUCCUUUCACAGCCACCUAUGAUGUAUAGUCUGUAUAAAGUCACACUACACCUCAUCUUAACCUUGAAUAUAAAUAACAUAGAAAAUGGUUAUUAUUUAGACUGAAAUAAGAAUCUGAAUAAUAAAAUAAUUUUGUAAAUUAUGUGACAUUUGAAGAAGCACAAAAGUCUUAUAUCAUUAGGUGCUUUAUAAUUACUUUGAAGGAGAGCUGUUGAUUUGUUGCGAUGAAUUCCAGCGAUGAUUUAUUGAUCUAUGUUCAAGGGUUUAAAGGAUUUUAACAGUUUUUAGCUGUUGGGUCUCUUCUCUGAAAUGUGCGUGUAGUUGGUUGUGCAGAUGAUUUCAACUCAUAUUUUAUACAGCAUGUUUCAUAAAAAAACAGUAGAUAUAAAUAUGGGAAUGAAGGGAAAAACACUGCAAACAGACGGCGCCGCCAUGUGCAGUAACAACUUAUGUCCGGUCUGUGCAAAUGGUGACAACAAAUCACUUGGAGUGCCUAAACUGAUGAGAGCACAUUGGUCUAAAGGCUUCUCUAAAGCAGCUGGUUAUUUCCUUUCACAAAGUGCUGCAUGCAGUAUAACAGAGUAGGACUGCAACUAAUCAAUAUUUUCAUUGUUGGUUAUUUUCAUGUUUAAAUUGAUUUGUUAAUUGCCUAUAAAAUAGUGACAAAGAAAGUGAGUGAGAUCAAGAUGACAUUUUCAGAUGUUUUUUUUUUGGACCACAGCUAAAACAUAUUCAGUUUACUGUUACAGAGGAGGAGAGAAACCACAAGAUAUUCACAUUAUACAAGCUGGAAUUAAAAGAGUUUUGAUGUUUUUCUUUUAAAAACAACACAAAUAAAUGAUUUCCUUAUUAAAAUGGUUGGCAAUAAAUUUAAUAGUCAACAAAUAGUCAUGAAAUAAUGGUUGUAGCUCUAUAUGAGAGCAUCCAUCGUGUUGCCUUUAAAUGUUUCCUUGUGUAAUUUCUACAAUAUGUGAUCAAAUCUUCAGUUAUGAUGAGCUUGAAGUUUAAACAGUUUUGAUGUUAAGCACAUAAACCUCUGGGAUUAUUAAACAUGAAGAGCACUUAAGAUAACUGUACUUUAAAGUUUAUUUGAUUGAUUUUGAUGGUAUUUUGAUAGUGAUGGACCCAAGUUUAUAAUAGUAAAACUGUGCUCUUAUUACGCUGUAAUUAAGGUGCCAUGUAGCUAUUGAAUUGUGUUGAUAUUUGUGUGUCCCCCAAAUGUUGCUAGUGUGCCUUUUAUUUUGUUUACUACUAAAAUGUUUUGCACCCUUACUGUUUUCAGACUCCGUUGCCAAAACAUCCUGUACACAGUAUGUUUCUUGUAUGAUCAAAAUAUUCCAAACAACAGCAACUUAAAGUUUGACGAUGUCGCCCCCUGUCCCGACAUGAACCUGAAGGAGCUUACACACAAGUGCAUUUCAGCUCGGGAAGCAGCUUCUUUUACUUCAGCACAAUCAAACGCUAAAUGGACUGGGUGUCAGCGAAAUGCUAUGUCCUGUUAUUGUGGCGUUACAUUAGUUUGGGUGUCGUUUCACUGCACAUCCAUUGUUACAGUACAGUGAGUGUAAAUUUUAUACUUUGAGACAAUUAUAUUCAGAGUUUUGUUCAUGAUAUUUGUAAAAUUUAAGAAUUAAGUGAACUCAGAUUGUAUGUUGACUGCUAUAUUUUGUGCAUUACUGAAUAAAUGGUUGAGAUUUAA